AUAUUUUAUUUUUAAUUUUUGGGAAAAGAGUGAGAGAGAGAGGAGUGGGUCGAGAAACCCUAGUGGAGCUGGAAGUGGAAGUGAAGAGAGUAAAUGACGAUCCAUUCGGUGGUGAUACAGAAGCUGCUUAGCACCAAUGCUCAGGUGGGUCGACGUGUUGCCGCUCACCAUUUGAAGGAGUUCACCUAUGGCUUCCGCAACAAAAUGGCCAUCAUCGACUCCGACAAGACCCUCAUUUGCAUGCGCAGUGCCUGCAACUUCAUGGCCUCCCUCGCCCGCCACAACGGCCGCUUCAUGUUCAUCAACACCAACCCUCUCUUCGACGAAAUCUUCGACCUCAUGACCAAGAAGGUGGGCUCCUACAGCCCCUCCACCAACUCUCUCUGGCGCACCGGCGGCUUCCUCACCAAUAGCCUCAGCCCCAAGAAGUUCCGCUCUCGCAACAAGAAGCUCGUCUUCGGCCCCACCCAGCCUCCCGAUUGCAUCUUCAUCGUCGACACCGAGCGUAAGUCUUCUGUCAUCAACGAGGCUUUCAAGCUUCAAAUUCCCGUCGUCGCCUUGGUCGACUCCGCCAUGCCCCUCGACGUCUAUAAGCGCAUUGCCUAUCCUGUUCCCGCCAAUCAUUCUGUCCAAUUCGUUUAUUUGUUCUGUAAUUUGAUUACCAAAACCUUGCUUCACGAGAAGGCCAAGUCUGAUGCUGCCAAUCCCGAUAUUGAUGCUCAAAUGGAAGAAGCUCCGCGCAAGGGCAAGGGCAAGACCUAUUUGGAUAAGGUCGACGUAACCGUAGUUCUCUACGAUAAUUUAGCUCCCUUACCUCAAGCAGAUAUAGAAGAAACUAAGAAGCUUUUGGACAAGCUUGUUGUUUUGAAGUUUAAUGGUUCUCAAGGAAGAAAUAUGUGUUUUGACGGUCCCAAAUCUGCAAUUGAUAUUUGUGAUGGACUGACAUAUCUGGAUUUGAUCAUUAACCAGAUUGAGACCCUCAAUUCCAAGUAUGGAAGCAGGGUUCCAUUGCUUCUUUUCAAUAAAGAUGACAUUCAUGAUAGUUCUCUAAAGGUUUUGGAGAAGUAUUCUAAAUCAAGUGUUGAAGUGCACACUUUUAAACAGGGUGAAGAUCGAGAGUUGAAAUCAUUGGGUGAAUAUUAUAGCAAGGAGGAAGUGCAUCCAUUUGAUGAUGUUGAUGUGUUCCGUUUACUAAUGACUGGUGGAACCCUUGAUUCAUUAUUAUCACAGGGUAAGGAGUAUAUCCUAGUGUUGAAGUCGGACAAUGUGGCAACAGUCCUUGAUCCAAACAUACUAAAUCAUUUGAUGAUAAAUGAUAUUGAAUAUUGCAUGGAGGUGACACCAAGCAAUUCGUUUAAUUUAAUGUUACCCACAACGAAAUUUAAGCUUCGGGAGAUUGGUGGAGACCAAGAUAAACACUUGAAGGACAAUUUCAAACUCAUCGAUACAACAAACAUGUGGGUGAGUUUAAGAGCCAUCAAGAGGUUUGUUGACACUGUUGAAGUAAGGCAGAAGAAGCCCUCAUUUUCAAAGGACACAGCAGCUGGACCAGCAAUAAAGUUCUUUGAUAAUGUAUUUGGUGUCUCCGUGCCCGAAUCUCGCUUUCUUCCCUUGGAUGCAACAUCAGAUCUAUUACUUCUUCAGUCAGAUCUAUACACUUGUAGAGAAGGUGUUUUAACUCGAAAUCCAGCUAGAACUAACCCUUUAAAUCCUGUGAUAGACUUGGGACCUGAAUUUGAAAAGUUUGGUGACUUUCAAAGUCGCUUCAGAUCCAUUCCAAGCAUCAUUGAGUUGGACAGUUUGAUGGUGAGAGGUGAUGUGUGGUUUGGGGCUAAUAUUACUUUGAAGGGGCAAGUGACUAUUGCUGCAAAACCUGGCUUGAAAUUGGAAAUUCCUGAUGGGGUGACGAUUGAGAAUAAGGAGAUCAACGACCCUGCAGAUAUCUAAGGAUGAAUGUUGUCGAAGUUGCUGAGAUUUGGUUCCAGUGAAUACAUGACUGCUGAACUUUGAUUUGCAGUGCUAUACAAUUUAGUUUGUCACAUUAGCAGCCAGCCAUCUUUUAGCUUUUCUAUUUGCUGGGAACUAAAAGGUUGCAGAAGCAAAUAGUUCCUUACACAUUUUUUUUUCAAGCGGCAUGAUAGUGGUGAAAUAAUUGUCUGCUCAUCUAUUUAUUCAUCCUGUAACUCUUAGGGCAAGGCUUGAUAUAGUCACAGCUGAGAGCCUGAGAAGCUGAGACAAGGAAUAGGAAUAGUUUCAGUUUUGCUGGUCUUUUUGCCUUAGAUACUAUUAGAAUCACACCAAUUGUUUACUGUACCAAUGAGUUGGAGCAUACAUUACAGAAAAGACAUUUUUAAGGCAUAUUUGUCAUUGACUUAUAUAAGCUACCCCCAAAAUUUACUGCUUU